UUCAAAGAACUCAGUUUUUUCCAUCGUUUGCAAUUCGUGUUCAUUGUGGAAUUGAACAAUGUUAGGAUCAAAUCUCGGUAAGCAAACAAAAUUUCAGGCCAAUUUCAGAGAGAAGCUCUUCUCAGGUAAAAAAGUGACGGCAGGAGUAGUUCAAGAUCAAUACAAACAAUUUCUGAAAAACAAGCCAGAUGAAAAGAAGAAAACAUUGACACCAGAAGAGAGAAAACAGGCAAAAAGAGCAGAAAUGAGGAAGAGGGGAAUAUUUGUGAAGGCUGAUGAUCCAGAUGAAACACCAACUAUUCUGGAAAAGAUUGAUGGUCCCAGUCAGCCGAUGGUAUACGUUUUACCUGAAAAGCCAACGGUUUGGAAGACUUCGAAGAAAAAGACUGGGACUAGAAAACACAAGAAGCAACGAACAGAAAAGAAACCGUUGGAAAAGAGUCACAAAUCGCAAACCUCGAUCAAAUCUGAACCAAAGAAGAAGGCAAAAACUGAGAAAAAGGGUGAAACUGUAUCCAUUCCAUCUUCAUCAUCUUCUGCCACUGAUCAAUCUUCUCAAACUUCAAAGAAAAGAAGUUCUGCAGAAAAAGCCAAAAAAUCUCCCGAUCCAAAUUUGGUGCAAAAAGAAGAUUUGAAGCCGAAUGAGGUGAUGGAGAAGCCUGUUGAAGAGGAGAAGAAGCCGAUGGCACCUGAACAAGUAAAAGUUGAAGAGCAUAAAUUUGUGGAGCCAGUUUUGGAGGGAAAGGAGCAGAAAGACGAGAAAGUUGUUGAGCAAAAGUCGGAGGAAAAGUUGGAAGUUGGAAAUGUGAACAAGAUUGAACCACCCGCUGUCUUGGAACAAAAAGUUCUUCCCGAUUCCCCAGAAGUUCCAAAAGCUCCGUCAGAGCCUCCGAAUCCUGUGGACAUUCAGCCAACUCCUCAGAACAACUCAGAUGCUGCCAAGAAAGAAGACGAUAAAAGUAAACGAGAGAAUGUUCCAUUGACAGUUGUCUACUCGAAUCCAUCAAUUUCUGUAUCAAAGAACUUUUCCACUACGCCACUUGCUGAGAAUCAAGCUGGAGCAUUUGAUAAGCUGGAUGAUGAUGAAUUUGAGAAGAUGACGUCAGAUGUUGACGAAAAGGAGAUUCUGAAGUUGGCGCCACGUCUUCUUAAAGUAGCCAAAAAGCACGCGGCAAUCGAGAAAUGUCUGACACCAGAGGAGAACGAAGUACUUGCCAAGUUCUUCUCAGGAAAGCAGAAGCUGGAUUCAAAUGUAUUGGCUGUCUUGGAUUCUGCAUUGGAUAAGAUUAUUGAUUAUUUGCAAAAGAAUAAUUGUGCGGUUGAUGAGGAGACAAAGGCUGUUAUGAAGAAGAGGGAUAAGCUGAAAGCAGCAAUGAUGAAAGAGUUCUUGGUGUCACCCCAAUAUCUUCCAAAAACAUGGACUGCAAAAUUCAAUGAAUGGAAAUCUGAAGCCGAAAAGCAAAAGAAUGGAAUCAACUGGUUCCGUGUUUUCUUCUCGUAUCCAAAGCACAAAUCAUUUGAAGAUGGACCAGAAGACACUUUUGGAAAUUUCCGCCGUAGAAAUCGUGGUAUUCUGAUGGGACUUAUUCUGGGACCCGGAGAUGUAAAAUCAUUUGAAGAGACAAAAAGAGAGGAUGAUUGUCAGGGAAUGUUUCUGGAUACUAAAAUAAUGGAAAAGGCAACUGCAGAAAAGGAUAAUGGAUCGACAAUCAGUGAACAUCGCACUUUGAAUACUACUAAAAGCUCAAAGAAAUAACACUAGAAACACUUUAUCCAAUAAAUCAUUUCCUGAAUU